AUGACGUUCGCAUCUUUUUUGACAGUUCCUUCGAAUGCAUCAAAUGUUGCAGCGACUUUCGCCUCGAACAGGAUACGGAGGAGGCCAAACACAGAGGACAAGCGAACCAUUAUUUCGAAGGUUCUUGCCCAAGCUGCCGAUAGGGAAACAAAAGAGGACACUGCUGCUCGUCCAGUAUACCCUUUCAGCGCCAUCAUUGGCCAGGAAGAGAUGAAGUUCGCAGCUAUCAUGAACAUCAUCGACCCAAACAUCGGAGGUAUAAUGGUAAUGGGCGAUCGUGGGACUGGAAAAUCCACCACGGUCCGCUCAUUAGUCGACCUGCUCCCUUUGAUUGAUGUGGUCAAGGAUGACCCCUUCAUGAGUAGCCCAACUGAUCCAAACUUGAUGUCUCCUGAUGUUCUCGCAGCCUUCCGGGCCGGUGAAAACUUUGAGACUGUCAAGAUCCCUAUCAACAUGGUUGAUCUACCCCUAGGAGCAACCGAGGACCGUGUAUGCGGCACAAUAGAUAUUGAGAAAGCGUUAACUGAAGGGACAAAGGCUUUUGAGCCCGGACUCCUGGCGAAAGCGAAUCGUGGUAUCCUCUAUGUUGACGAGGUCAAUCUUCUUGAUGAUCAUCUUGUAGACGUCCUCCUCGAUUCCGCUGCAUCAGGGUGGAACACCGUGGAACGUGAAGGUAUCAGCAUCUGUCACCCAGCGCGUUUUAUCUUGAUUGGCUCAGGAAACCCGGAGGAGGGUGAGCUUCGACCGCAGCUUCUUGACAGGUUUGGCAUGCAUGCACAAAUCAAAACUGUUAAGUUGCCGGAGGAACGCGUAAGGGUUGUCGAAGAAAGGACUGCCUUCGACACAUCCCCGAAGGAGUUCCGGGACAAGUACAAGGAAGAACAGGAUCAAGUAAUUGAAAAACUCUCUGCCGCACGCACGCUACUACCAUCAGUUGAGGUCCCAAUGGAUAUCCGUCUUAAAAUUUCACAGGUGUGCGCAGAGCUUGAUGUUGACGGUCUGCGUGGUGAUCUUGUCACGACUCGCGCCGCCCGCGCCGCCGCCGCUUACCGGGGAUCCACAGAAGUUACCGAUGAAGACGUAUAUUCCAUCAUUACACUUUGCCUCCGCCACAGGCUUCGAAAGGAUCCCAUGGCAACAAUUGACGAAGGUACAAAAGUUCUGGAGGUUUUCUCGAGUGUGUUCGGGUACGAUUCAGAGGAAUGA